AUGAUACACUUUAGGGAUAUCACUAGGAUCAAGAAGAAGAUUGGAUCAUUCUAUUUACCAAAUGCAAUAGAGAUUAGAACAUCAAAGAAGAAGUAUUUGUUUGCGUCGUUCAUACAUAGGAGUAAGGCAUUUGGUAUAUUGGUCAAUCAGUGGAGUAUACAUGGUGGUUUGGACAAAUCCACGGCAACAGAUAGAGCAUCAGAUGAUGACAGUGACGAUGAGGUCGAUGACGAAGUGGAAUCAAUCAACUCUGGUCUGGACUCUUCAUCAUUGAGCGCAUCAUUGACCAAUAGUAUCCGCUCACUCUCACCACUCACCAAGUCAUCGGCCACCUCAGCAUCAGGCAAUGGCAAUGGAGAGUCGGCAUCAAGUGCCAAUGGCAAUGGCAAUGGCAAUGGCAAUGGAAAGAAGUCAAAGAACAACACACCAUUGAUGGAUGGAUCCAAGAACAAGCCAAGUACACCAACAUCUAUGGCUCAGACCAACCCAUUCGCGAUGAAGCUCAUCAUUGACAUUGAGGACUACCAACAACUUGGUUGCAACAACCUUCUCAUGAUCACAGUGUCCAAAGAGAAUACCAUUCAAGAGUUGUUGGAGAAGCUCAAGACCAAACUAUCAAUGAAUGAGGACUUCUUCAAGACAUAUCAGCUGGCAGUGAUCAAGAAGAAGAAGUCACAGUUGAAGCGUAGUUCAGGUAUAUUCUUCUCUACGAUCGAUCAGAUAUUGGCACAUCCUGGACUACUCGAAGCGAUUGAUAACAAUGCAGUUCAACUGAUGCAUCGAUCAGCAGGAAGUACAUCAUCAGUGGAGCAGAGGUUCAUCAUCCUCGAGUCACACAGACAACUCAUGUCCUACCAACUUGACACGGACAAUGGUUCGACCACCAUCUACCUCAAGAAGCCCAAGCAAGUCGAUCAACUUCAUCUCUGUUUCGAGAUCAUCGAAGACGGAUCCAAGAUGGUCAAGUUGACACAACAACAGAGCAUUGUGAUUGGCGAUAUCUUUAAGGAGUUGUCAAAGUCAUCGUCGAGGAAGUUGUUCGCAUCAGACUAUUCCUUCUACUUACCAAAGAAUGGUGAGCGUGGCGUAAUUCUUAACCCGACCAAACUACUAUCGCACUAUCAUCUGCGGUCCAACAAUGCCACGAUCCAAGUCAACAAGUAUCCUCCCUUUGACAACUUUGCCCAAAAGUUUAGAUACACGACCAGUCGCAACAAGAAGACUCUGCUAUUCGAGCUGGUGCAAUCAUGCUUGACACACUCGAUACCAUCCAUGCAGAUGCAGGCAAUGUAUCAUAGACAACAGUUCCUUAAUAGACUGCAACAGAAGUUGUCCAUUGAUGAUACAGAGGCAAAGGGCAUAACAAAGAAUGUCCUCACGAUAAACUCAUACAAGGAUGAGGGACUGCUCAUCGAGCUCAAGAACAGAUGUGAGCAACUACAGGCACCACUCGAGACCAACCCAUAUUACAACACUGAGGCCUUUGGAGGCCUGCCCGCCCUCUAUGAUCAGUGGAGGAGGCGUGAGCUGACACAUAUCACACAUCUGAUGCGCAGCAUUAUCUUCAAGGAGGACUGCUUCUAUGGCGUCGUGUUCCUGACCAUCAUCGAAGCGGAUGGUCUGGAUGACGACCAACUGAUGGCAGGCAAUCAUCACUAUUGCAUUGUGUCCACUCCUUCCCAGCGCAUCAGGACCAACACUCACGCGUCCAAUGACGAGCAACCAUCUUGGAACUCACAGUUCAUGCUCAAGAUCAAGCAGCCCAAGUGCAAGUUGGAGUUGGCAUUGAUGAGCAGUGGUGCUCCAACCGACUCCUCGACUCCAGUCGAGUGCAGCGACACAUUGUUGGGCAAGUUGGAGAUCAACACCAAGGACUUUGAGGACUCGGAGCCCAAGGAUAUGUGGUACUCACUGCCCUCAAAAGGUCGUCUACAUUUGUUGGUGGAGUAUCAGUAUCAAUUCACAGAGACCAAUCAGUACCUCACCAGACUGAUGGACAAGGUCGACAACACAUCAGAGAGCUUGGUCGACAACAAUAUUGACCCGAGCAAGCAGGCACCUGUGGACCAUGUCAAUCUCUUCAAGAUAUUGCUCAACUUUAUAGUGGAGGACAGUCAGAACCCCAACAACCUGGAUGACAACGACGUUGACGAUCCAGAUUCAAUGGAGUGGAUCUAUCCACCACAUCGAUCACUACUCAAUCAAUAUUGUAUUCGAUUCGGAGUUGGUCGUUUGACCGCGUUGAUAAUACAACUGGAACAGAUGUUGGAGAUGUACUCUAUUGAGAAGAGAUUCAUUGUAGAGUUGGAGGAUGUUACAUCAUCAUUGAUUGAUAUUGUUGGUGGUGUGGAUGAGGAGCCUAUCUUUACUGUGGCCGAGAAUACACUGUUGAAGAACACUCUCGACAAGUUCAUUCCAAAGAUCAAGUACAACGUUGGAAGGUACUACGAGUCAUUCCCAAAUAACAAACCAAGAGAUAGCCUCAAGACCUUGGUAAGGUCAUUGGAGAAUAUUAUUCACUUGCAGGCUUUGUUGGAUAAGAAACCAAAGCCAGCGUCAACGAUGUUCAAUCAACUCCUGUCACAGAUCAUUCGUGACGAGUCAAAGAAGAAGUUUGAUGAGAACAUUGAGUCGUUGGGCUUCACGACACUGGAACAGAGCCAAAAGAUCAAGGAGGCAGAGACAAUCACCAAGAUGUUGGUCGAGGUCAUGGCCAUCAUUCAAGAGGAGGUCAACAAUACCAUCCAGUUCGAGUCUGCAUUCCCAAUGGAGAUCAAGAUAACAUGUGAUGUGAUCGAUGCAUGGGGUCCUUGUAUCAUGAGAGUGAUCGAAGACUUUUGCAACUGGGCACCGUACAAUGCCAACAUCCUCAGUCUCGUCCGACGUUUACUGGACUAUUACAACUUCACCAAGAAGAUAUCCGGUGACAUGUUCAAGCCAUUGCCCCUCAAGCAGUUAUUCAUCACCUACGUCUACAGGUUGCUCAAAGAGAUCAAGGUCCAACUACACAACACACAAAAGUCUGCUCUAUCAAGUGAUGACAAGUUCUUCCAGGCAUGUGAUAAUACCAUCAAGGACUUUGGAUCGCUGUCGUGGUUACCUGAUCCAUUCUCAUUCGUUCAACUGCUCGAGGUGUUGACCAUAGAGAUCAUUGAGUAUUGCCGUAGUGUUUCCAGCUCAUUCGAACACUUCAUCGAGCAUACAGAGCUGGAGCAACCUGGCAAACCAAACCUAUUCACAUUGAAUCCUGAACCAUGUGUAAUGCUCAACAACAUAGACUCGUCCAGAUCACGUCUCGAGACAUAUGGUUCCAAACUUGGCAAGGAACUGGCAAGACAUCUUCAAAGUGAGCAAGGUGCACAGUUGGACGAUGUCUCCAAGCAAUGUGUUACCGAUUCCUUCAAGAUAUGUCUUGAUGAAUCCCUCCGAACAAUCAAUGAGCUCUACACAUCCACAUUGACAUUGUUGACAACCAGAAUGAAGAACUAUGUCUUCUUCCUAUUCCAGGAUGUCCUGUUCAAUCCUCCCCUUUCAUUGUUGAAUAGUCAUAUGAAGGAUACUGAUAUCGAUCCAGACUCACAGGUUGUGUCCACGACCAAUCCCUCUGAUGGAGGAUUGUACGAGGCAGUCAACACCAGUCCACAGCCUAUAUCCUCUGUUGGUGGCGGUGGUGGUAGCAGUGGCAAUCUCAACAGCUCCACCAAGUCUACAGCCAACAACAAUAGCAACAAGCAGUAUGAGAAGCAAAUACUGACAUCAAUCAAGGAUUUCCUAUCGCCAAAGAUUGAAGAGCUCUAUAGUACAAUCAAGGAGCCCCUUUUCAAGCAGUUCAUUCGCAAGCUCUGGGGAGAGUUGGUCGAUGACAUGAUAUACCUUGUCAUUCCAAGACCAAGUGACCAGAGGGCAUCAUUCCACGUACCAAACAAUAUAUUGGCCAACGAACAAAUAUCAAUCAUCAACAACUGUUUGAAGGACCUGAUGUCCCUAUUCCAUCGUGGAGGAGCAGGCUGUCCUACACCGACUCUUGAGGAAAGAGUGACGCCUCUUCGCCAACUGCUAACUGCAUCAGAGAUGGACACGACUGCUUUGAUCGACCUACAUAACCAGAGAAGACUUGGUAGUAGCUCAAAGUCUGGACAACUCAAUGCCAUCUCCAAGGAGCAGAUCAUUGGUGUUCUCAGCACCAGAAUGGAGUUUGACAAAGAGGCGCGAUCCUUUGUAAACAAAGUCAAUGGUGUUGUCGAGUUAUCAGAGAGCAAUCAAGUCCUCCCAGAGAUUAUCAAUGUAGUCCCAGAGUCUGAGUUUGUCAUUGACCGUUAUCAUUGCUCACUCAAUGGACAACUUGGAAUAUUGGUACUUAGUAGUCGAUAUGUUGGCUUCCAUAACUUGUUGAAGGAGAUUGGAGUCAAGCUUGGACAACGUGUCUCGGUACCCUUGGUCAGUAUAUCCGAGAUCAAGAAGACCAAGGUUGCAAUAUUGUUCAACGCCAUGCAAGUCAACACCAAGGACGGCAAGUCCUACACUUUCACCGGUUUCUUUGACAGAGAUUCUGUCUUUAGAGACGUAUCAUAUCAGAUGAAGGUUGCUCAGAAGAACCAAAAGUAA